AUGGCCUCUACUUCGUCUGUCGCUGCUACCACUCAGCAAGUCGUCUUGCCUGAUAUCCCAGAGCUCUAUGACCCCGCCUUUCUCGACAUUCUUCUCCCAAAAAGCGCCCUCGCCACUGAGGCCUCCAGUGAGCCUGUCGCGACGCCUACUAAUCCCAUGAUGCAGGCCCUUCAAGAGACGGCAAACCAAACCCUCACGGAGAACAUGGCACCUACCCUGCAGGCCCUGGACGGAUAUCAAAGAGACAAUCUCGCAGAGGUGUUGAGCAAGUCUUGGGCGGAGGAUGCGCCCCUCACCCUUCAUCUCAUCUGGCAGCUGAGGAGUGUUCCUGACGGCAAGGGUGAAAAGGAGGCGUUCUACCGUGCCUUUGGCUGGCUGUAUGACAAUCAUCCUCGUACUGCCAUUUCCAAUCUCCAUCUCCUCUGCGAGCCCGUCUGCUUUAAUGCUAAAAUCAAAAACGAUACCGGUCGUGCUCAUGGGUACUGGAAGGACCUGCUCAACAUCCUCGCUCUUGCUACCGUUGGUGAACUUGGGUCCGGCGAAUCCACCUUCCUCCAUCGUGGUAGGGGAAAUCGUUCUGUCCGUCGCCCACCUCCUAACAAACGCGUCAAGUCGAAAGCUCGCCAGGACCCGGAAGAGCACAACAGGGAGAGUCAGCGUCGGGCUCGAGAGGCUCGUGCCUCUGCCGGGUUGGAGCGGUAUGAGGUCCUCACGUCCAAGCUCAAGGAUCCUAAAUUCCGUGCUCUAUACAUCGCCGUUGCCCGCUUGUUCGCCACUCGCCUCUGUACGGAUAUUUCCCUGUUGACUCAGUCUGAGUCCAUCCCCGCAUUGGCCGAUCGUCUCUCCCUUCUUCGUCAGCUUUCUCUCGUCGGAAAAUGGGCACCAAGUGCUGGUGGUUCUCAUGAUAGGUUCACAAACAUUACUACGGCUGUCAGUUAUCUCUUGCAUGAUUCACGCGCGAGCCUCCCCAUUACGUUCCCCUCCUCCCUCGAAUCCCCUAUUAUCGACCCCUUCCAAAAGGCCACUAUCCUUCGUUCAUUCCUCCAGCGUUGGAUUCUUGCUCCCCUUCGUAUGGCCUCUGAGAUACCCGAGACAUAUAUGUCGGCGAAUCGGUGGAAAGAGAUCAAAUACACCCGUGUUCCCUCUUUGUGUAUGAAGAACAACAACGAACUGUUCUUCAAGCACGAUCCCGAGGGCUUCCAGGAUUACAUGAUUGAGGUUGAGAGCAGAAAGAAGACUAUAAGUGGCGCAACCCUUAUGCCCAAUGAAAUCCUGCACCAAAUCAUUCAGAAUCAGAGAAAGUAUCCAAAGCUCGCAGAGUUCAAAAAGACCAUUGCCGAGAACAGAGUGCGUGUAGCAGAGGCUCAGUGGAAUACUCUCAUCUCCAAACUGCGCGAGUCUGGAUCCAUCGACAAUGCUAUCGCUGUCCGUCCUGAAUUCGUUCGUAUAGAUCCUACCAAGUCACUCUACGAUACCGUCAACGAUAUGGUCCAGACGAACUGGGAGAUGAACACGAACUUCAAUGCGGUAUUUAUGAAGCUUCUCCUUCCUCUAGCGGUCAAGCACAAAGUCAAGCAGGAGGAUAUGAUCAAACGGCUCUUUGUGUUCUCGGAUAUGCAGUUUGACCAGGCGGACGGCCAGUCGAGCGAUCCCGCAGCUUGGGAGACCAACUACGACAAGAUUGAGGCAGCGUACAUGGCCGCGGGAUAUGAGGUGCCUCAACUCGUCUUCUGGGACCUUGCUCGAUAUGGUACCACAGAAGUCACAGCGGAGCGGAAGGGGGUUGCCUUGAUGAAUGGAUUCUCGCCCGCGUUGAUGAAGGUAUUCAUGGGAGAAGGUGAAGAGGAAGAACUUGAGGGAUGGGAGAAGCUCACAGAGGACAGCGAGAAGGCGAAGAAGGCGGAUGAGUUUAAUCCCUUGAAUGUUAUGAAGAAGUCGGUGAUGAAGAAGAGUUUCGACGGGCUGGUCGUUGUCGAUUAAAAGGUAUACUAGUUUCAUCCAUAAUUUGCAUAUUGUAUUUCUAUUCGCAUUCACCCUCCUCACGCAUACUUACCCCCCCCUCUGCACGUAGCCAAUCACUUGUAAUAUUAGUAUCUUUGUAUGUACAAUAUACUUGACAGCUUUGAUCGAAGUGUCCCUCAGAGAAAUAACGGGCGCCACUUUUUUACAAACAUAGCUCCUGCAAAAUGAUGCGCCGGUCGGUGAGAGUAGCUGUUACAGGUACAGAUCCUGAC